AUGAGUUGGUGGAACGACCUCUCGACGCAUCGCAGUGCACCGGUAAGCGGCAUGGAAGGCACACACCGGCACGUGUCCAGCUUUGCGUCCUCGCCGGAGUACCACGGAUGCACCGCAAGCUCCAUCGCAGGCAGCUUCUGCCUCAACAACGGCAUCGCGUCUGAUGAGGCGCCGUGGGGCACCUCCACGACACAAAGCGAUGCUCCGUCGUUGUGGCAAACCUCCAACAGCGCCGGCGUCUCUGAUCCGCUCGGCUUGACGGAGAGUUCUCCCAUUUGGGGACCGCAGCUGCCGCAGCACCUCUCCACAUCCCCGCCUCCGCGCAGCGCCGGCGCCUUCGUACCCGCGGCUUCUUUCGUAGAGAAAGGAAUGCUUGGUGGAGUGGUGCGGCCACUUUCGGGGGUCGACAGUCGCAGCAGCUUCAACGACAGCGGCGUUGUGCUGAGCACCGCGGUGAACGGCAUCUCUGCCACCAACGUGAAUGUUGCGGGACAACGCGGCGCAGACGUUGAAAAUGGGCACGGCGGCUUUCGCUCUGCGGAGGAACCCCUCAGCGGCGCUGCUGCUGCUGCCGCUGCUGAUGGCGGUGCGGAGCUCGUUGACCAAGACAGCGGCGACGAUGACGUGCUGCUGUACGACGACGUCGAUCUCGGCACCAUCUCCAGCCUUAUCGCGUCGCUGCAAGGCAACGGCGCACUGGUGGGCCGCGAGGGGGAGGCGUCCGACAUGCUGCGGCUCCACCAGCGCGAGACGAACCGUCACAGGACGACCACGGCAGCAGCGGCGCUUCCACGUACCUUCCCAGUCGUCGUCGUUGACCCCGCCUCCCCUGCGGCAGGGGGGCAGCCGGCGUCCCUGCAACCCCGCCCCCGCAGUCUCUUUGCCGAUCUCAUGUCGAACACAAGGGAGCGAGAGCUGAACCGCAGCGGGAGCGGCAACACGCCGUCUUCGCCGUUUGGGACAAGCGCAGACGGUGGUGGCAGUGCCAACGACCGCAGCAGCGCCUCCUGCGGGUCUCCGUUCUCCUCUGUCGAGGCCAAGGCCACGGGUGACACGGCGAACAUCGCGCCGCUGCACCUCACGCCGUCAAUGCUGGAGGGCUUGCUCGCCAACUUUCAGACCGCGCUGAAGGGGCGCUCCGAUGACACGUCGGCCGCCUCGCCAACGCCGCAGAUGGCAGACACGGAGCUGCUCCACCUGGACCGCUACGGCUCGCCGGAUGCACAGGAUGAAAUGCGCACCGUGCCCUCCACAAUCGAGUCCGGACAGCAGGCGGCAGAGGAAGUCCCUCUCACCUGCCACGGCAGCCCGCUCAUGCGUAGCCACGUCAGCUCUAUUGUGGCGCACAAGCUGAACAUCGACGGCAACCUCCGCGGCACCCCCGCACCGGACUCCUACCGGGGCGUGACGGCGCCAGCCAGCGUGAGCAGCAGCUGUUCGAAUCCCUCGACGCCGGUCCGUCAGCGCGGCGCCUCCGUCCCGAGCCGUUGGGCCUCCUCCCACCACCAACGCCAUCCCAGUCGCCUCUCCCACGAGCGCGGGGCCUCGCCGGACUCCAGCAUUGACCGCUUCUUCUCCCAAGCAUCGAUGCCCGGGACGAGCUACACCCCGGUGCAGCACUUCGCCUCGACCACGGCGGCGGAGGAGAACGCGGCGGAGGAGAACGCGACGCCGCAUUGCCACACGCGCACGGAAAGCGAGAUCUCCUUGCCAGCCGUCGCCUCCACCUACAACGGCGGCUGCGCCCUGCAUCACCACGUUGACCAGCGCGGUUGCAUCAACGUGGUUGAUCCGCAGCGCCGCAAGUUGCACGUGCCGCUCUCAGCGAUUCAGACCACCAAGGCGCUGAACGGCCGUCUCAAAACACCGUCGCUCUGUUUGCUCUUUCAAUCUGGCCGCUGCCGGCAGGGGGACAACUGCUAUCAGGUCCACGUAGACCCCGCCACGGUGGAGCGGCUGCGGGUGGACAUGGAGAGCAUGCCGUGUUGCUGCUUGUUGCAUGGGGACUGCAACUGCCACCUCGUCGACCCCGCCAGCUACGAAGGCCGCGCCCUGUGCAUUGCGGGUCAGUACAACGUGCCGCUUUCCCGGGUGGCCUACACCGCGGGGCUGCAGCGCGUCUUGCAAGGCGGGGCGACGUCGGUGCCGGUGAACCCGUCGGUGCUGUGUCGUCUGCAUGGCCAACCCGGCGGCUGCCGCUUCGGCGCUGACUGCAAAUUUAUUCACGUCUGCUGCAGCAUCUUGAACAAUGAACUGGCCCACGUGAUGUCGAGCGCGACUGCGGCGACCAACGCACCAUCUACGCCAGCACAUCAGCCGCAACAACCCCUGCGGCUCGGCUCCAGCGCUCCUGGCUCGCCGUCGGCGCGUACAUACCCUCACGCGCUCAGCAACCUCGUGAACUUCCCCCUUCCCAACAGCAGCAUGCUACCUGCAACGGUGGCCCCGCACCAGGCAGGGGCGAUGCCUACCGGUGUCCCUUUGUCAGCGACAGGUGAGCUGUCGUCGUCGCCUCCGCUGCACAUGCAGUCUGCGCUGCCGCUCCCCGGCAGCGGUUCACCCAUGCCGCAGGAACUUCGGCAGAGCAACGGCAGCCAGGUGACGGGUUCGCCUGCCGCCGGGCCGGUCGGAGGGGCGCUGUACAACCGGAACUUCAUUUCCGCCCCUUGCCAGAACGGUGGCAGCACCACCAACGGCAGCAGCGACAACAACAACAGCGGCUCUCUCGUGUCCUCUGCUAACUUUUCUCCCAUGCAGUUCUCUCAAGGGAUGGCGCCGUCCGUGUCGGGCACGUACAGCAGCGCUGGCGGCCUCGCGAAGGCCGCGCCGACGGGCCCCACCAACGGUGCCGCGCUGCCAUCGCAGCCCUCCGGCUCGCUCUUUACCGUCACCACGGUGCAGCAGUCACACAAUUCGCCUGCGCGGUCGCCCGCUGGCCGCCCCGCGGCACCACCGACGUUGCUACUACAGCAGCAGCGCACCGCGUCGAUCCCUGGAUCCCCGCAGCCCGGCUACCACCUACGCACGUUGAGUGCUCAGAGCACCGGUCCGAAUCCCCUCCCGCACUCAAGCUCCGCGAUGACGCAGGCGCCCAACCGCAGCGGGGCUGGAUCGCCGCUGAAUCUGGGCCUGCCGCUGGCACGGAGCAUGCCGAACCUGUGCAACGGCACCGGGUCUUACGCGGCUCUUGCCGGGCGUUCAAGCGGCGCCUCCUCACCGAUGCAACAACAACAGCAGCAGCAACGCCUUUACGUUCAGCAGAUCAACCAAGACGGAACCGUGACGUUUGUUCCGGUGAGCAUGGUGCAGACCCUCGGGUGUUGA